AUGGUCUGCCCGUCUCCUCAACGUACCAAAUGUAAAGGUAAAGGAAGCAACGCCAAUACUUUAACUGAUAUUGAGCCCGAGGAGCAAUAUGAAUUCGCUCAAUCUGUAACAAAGUAUACUGAAGUUGAGUCUUUUCUCUCCUUUAAACUUUCUAAACCGCUUUUAAAAUCAAUUACGGAGAUGAAGAUCUUCAAACCAACUCCUAUACAGUGUGCCUGCAUCCCCGUGGGGUUACUUAAUCGUGACAUUUGUGCCUGUGCAAGCACGGGUUCUGGGAAGACAUUGGCUUUCUUAAUUCCUAUCAUUGAGAGAAUGGUAUUUGCGCCGUUCUCAUGUCGUAGCUCGACAAGAGCCCUCAUUAUCAGCCCGACUCGUGAACUAGCUGUUCAAAUUUUUAAAGUGGCUGAACAUUUAGUCAAACACUGUCCACGACUCAAAAUUCAGCUGGCUGCGGGUGGACUUGAUUUAUCCUCGCAGGAAGCCAAUUUGCGUAAGAAUCCUGAUAUUGUUGUGGCGACUCCAGGUCGGCUGAUCGACCACCUCUCGAAUGCACCGAGUUUCACGCUUAGUGGAGUUGAAUAUCUGGUCUUGGAUGAGGCUGAUAAACUUCUUGAUGAGUAUUUCACUGAACAAAUCAAAGAAAUUGUCCAGCAUUGUGGCUCCCACCGACAAACUCUGCUUUUUUCAGCGACGAUGACUGAAACGGUGCGAGAAUUGGCGACAGUGUCGCUGAAGAAUCCUGUGCGUAUCUUUCUUAGCCAAGCGACAACGGUAGCUGAUCGACUAGCUCAGGAAUUUGUGCGUAUUCGUUCUCACCGUGAGGGUGAUAGGGAUGCCAUUUUGGCGGCGUUGUUGGUGCGCUCCUUUCCAUAUCGCACCAUUGUUUUCCUACCUACCAAAAAGGACUGUCACCGCAUCCAUAUCCUCCUUGGAUUAAUGGGUGUCAAGUGUGCUGAGCUGCAUGGAGAUAUGAACCAGGCACAGCGCUUGGAGGCUCUCCGUCGUUUUACCGAUGCUGAAGUUCUGAAAUCGGAGGCCAUUGAAAAGGCAGGCAUGGAACCUUCUGGCGUUCAGGGCUGCUCUGUGCCCCCCCCUGCCGAUGUUCUUUUAGCCAGUGAUUUGGCUGCUCGCGGUUUGGAUAUUCCAAGCGUUCAGACCGUUAUAAACUACAAACUUCCGAAAACCAUCAAAUCAUACGUUCAUCGCGUUGGUCGAACUGCUCGUGCUUCCAAAUCGGGUAGAGCUGUGUCUUUGGCCGGAGAAUCGGACAGAAAGUUACUUAAAGCCAUAGUCAGGAACGCUCCUUGCCCUGUCAAAGUGCGUGUCGUACCGCAAGUGGCUCGCGAUGUGAAGAGGAAACAGAUGGAUGCGAUUAUUGAUUGUUAUGAGUCUCUCCGUUUUCACAUUAUUGCGUUAUCCGUUGCCAUCGUUCUCUUCCUCUACGACUGGGUUUCAGAGGACUUAAAGCUCUUGUUAAGACAUGGAUUUUUGUGCAACUUUGCAGAAGUUAUCGCCCAUUUUCAAGCUCGCAUAGACAAAGUUAAGCCGUUCAUGAAAGAGAUUUUGGCCAUGGAGUUGGAGGAGCGCGAACUGAAUGCAGCACAGGCACAGCUAACGAAGGCAGAGAACCUGGUGCUGCGGGGCGAUGCGAAUAGUUCCGCUGCCGGACCGAAAAGGAUCAACUGGUUCUCGGAGAGGCGCACUGCGAAAAGAUCAAGUAAGUCUUGGGCCUCUAUUGACUAUCGAUUCACUAUAUCAAUCGUUCCUAAAGCCCCGUCCCAUUUCACUUGGGAACCUCUCACUUGCUUAGUGCAUUCAUACGGAAAACGUGAAAACUUGCAAAGUUUUUGUGCACUCCAUUCUCUUCUUAUUUUAGCAAAGAGAUCCAAGAGAAGCAAUGAAGUGGGUCACAGGAAACUGCAUCGUAAUGAAUGA